AUGGCGUCGACGCACAAUGGAGAAUUCAUCCUCCAUGUGGGAAAUCACUUCUAUGCCGUGCGCAAGCAGGACGGAGAUUUGGAGAUCAACCUAGGCAAUCGCAGGCAUACCUGGGAGAAUGCUGCCCUUUCCGAAGCAAGCACGCCCGUGAAGUGGAGUCUCUAUCGUCUUCGGUGGAUGAUCAAUCCAGCCUUGUGCGAUGGCAUUUUCCAGAUCGACCAGGUCAGAGGGUCCUGCAGAGCCACGCAAUGCGACAGGAGUCAGGACUGUGUCGGGGGCAGCCUUGCAGACGUGCCCGCACAUGUCAUCAAGGACAUCGUCAGGUCCAUUGGAGACCUGUGGUCCGUCGUGCAGGCAGAAAGGGUCUGUAGGGAAGCCCGGAACACGGUGACAGACGCAAGCGUCUGGGCUGGUCAGCAUGUGGGGAUAAUUCCCGCCAAGGCCAUGCAGGCAAACUGGUUGACAGAGUCACAGUGUCGUUUGGCACGUGCCUUUGCUGCCUCGCUCGUGGUGUCGGCGGAAUGGCCAUUUCGGACGAUGCUGAAGGUCGUCUGCGGAUCCGCGCUUCGGAGCUGGCGAUCCAGAGGCACAGUAGCGUGUCCGAUCUACAUCGAGCUGUCUGCGGAGGAUGCAAUAUCGCGCUGUGUGAUUUCCAUUGCAAACUCAAGGGAGGAUGCCGGGCUCCUAUCGCCAGGAGCUCGCUGCUGGUGUCAACUCAAUAAUCCGUGUGACGACCUCAUGCGUCUGGAGCUGGGUCACAGCCGUCUGGGACGGCCCAGCACGUGCUUGUGGAACUCCUUGCCGGUGGUGUCAGCACUGCGUCUGAUUCAGGUGCAAUGGUGGAACGAUGUACUAACCGUCUUUGCUGACGGUCAUGGCAUUGGGUCUCUGUCACUGAGUGGCUGUGACCUGGGCACCUGGUCGGAGGUCAGCGUGACUCUAUUCAGUGCCGAGAAUGCAGCAGCGCAGUCUGCAGGCUGCAAGAGCCGCAUUCUGCCUACUGACUUGCGGCCACAGACACUUCUCCAUCGAGAGGAUCGUCGCGGAGGGUGCUUGGACUGGGGGAAGCUGCCGCAAAUGCCUGCAGUCUACCUCUCGAAUAUUGCAGACAUUUUCGCGCUGAGUGCCUGCAACAGUCAGCUUCGUCAGAUCAUUCAGGAAGUAUUUUUCUGGCACGGCCUCGAUCUCGACCUGACAACACGCAGCAGAUUAACGUUUCUUCAAAGCGAGUUUCUUGAGAGAAUGCUGCAGAUCUGGAGCCAAAGCGUGCGAAGCGUGAUUUGUCCCCAUGUCUGUUUGCAUUUCCUCAGUGCACUGGGCGACAAGUUGUGGCUGCGCGGUACCGGGGAGUACCUUCCAUGUCUGGUCGGUCGGAGGGGACAACCACCAGCACACACAAGCAUCCUCUACUGGAAGACAGACCAGCAGACGUGCCACCGGGCUUCUCUACAGGUCUACAUUCCGGAGGACGCUCAAUUCCUCGUGCUGGCUUUACGACGCGCAGAGUGUCAGAGCACGCCGGAGAACAGCACUUGCAUGGUGCUGCGCAAGCCAUGCACGUCACAAGGCCGCAUACAAUUCCGACUGGCAGACGGUGAGCGAGUACCUGUUCCGACCCCUCAGAAACUGCUGGUGAGGAGUGGUUCCGCCCACACUUUUCAAUUCGAUUGGAGCAGGAAUUUCCUCGACUUCAGCGUGGACGGUGUAAGUGUCGGGAUCGUUCCUCUGACAAACCAGCAGAGCAUCGACUCCUGGGUAAGGACUGCAGCAAUGUGUGUGGCAUCUCCUGAUCGUAUGGACGCCUUCGCGGUCACUGCGUUGCCUUUCCAGUACAAUGUCGCCUUCGGAUAUCCUGCGUGUGCUUACUGUGCGAUGGACAGUAUUGGCUGCUGCAGAGACUGUGAGCACUGGUUCUGCCAGGAUCAUGGAGUUUUAGGCACGGACAUUUGCUUGGGCUGCGUGCCCGAAGCUUUCUUGGAGGAUCGUCUCGGAGGCAGUUCAGUGCCGGUGCCUGGGCCACGGACGACGCUUGCCAUAGAGAGACGUCGUUUGGAGGCACUUCGCAAGCAGUAUCUGAGGUUUGACGGGCAGGUGUCGGACUUCGAGGUACUGUGUGACCGCAUGCAGUCACUGCAAGACGUGCUUUCCCUGGACGUGUCGGAUCGGCAGCCGAGUGGUCCAGUCCUGCAGACGGCGGAGGCUCGAAAUCUCUGGCGCCAAGUGCACAUGGCAUGCGAGACGCUGGAGGAGAGCGUGUUCUUGUCUGUGCGACCAGGGACAGAACGAAUAGCAAACAAUGCCUCUCUGCUGGACUUCAAUCUCGGAGGAUGCCUGCCCAUAUCUGUCCGACAGUGGGCAGGACCUCGGUCGGCUUGCGUUGCAAUUCCAUCCUCCUUCAACGUGGAGAGGCUUGCGGGAACUGCAGUGCUUGACAUUCUGGCCUUGGCUGCGCCUCACCCGCGCGACGCAGACCUGCAGUUUCGAGAUGUGGAUCACACAUACACAUGGCAGGGACGCAGAGUCUCUCUUUCCGUAACAGCCCUGAUCCAUUCCCUGGGCCAGAGAUUCGAUUCCGCCGCAGUACUGGAAGCUAUGCGUGGAGGCAGGAACUGGCCACGUGCGGAGUACAUGGCGGAGGAUGCGGUGGCCAAGCUCAGAAUUGCCCUCGCUUCGCAGGGGUCCGCAGAAGUCCUUCUGCAGAGGCUGUUGGAUUCGCCGACGGUGGACCUGGAAGCAGUCUGUUACCGCAUCCGUGAUCUCAUUUGGACCCAUCCUGGAUACGGUCAUCUUGCCACUGUGGCGAGUCUCAGCGACGUGGAGAUCUUGAGGAGGUGGGACAUUAAUCGCCGCAGAGCAGCUGCACAGGGCACAUGGAUGCACGCCUUGUGCGAAUGCUUGCUGAAUGGAGGAAGCGUACCCGUCAAUUCCCCGGAGAUGUGCAUGUUUCUGAAAUUCUUGCGAGGGUUGGAGGCGGAGGGGUGGAUCCUGCGCAGGACAGAAUGGACUAUUUACGCAGACAAAGAAGACCUGGCAGGCUCUAUUGACGCCGUGGCAGAGCGUGGCUCGGACGUCUGCAUCCUGGAUUGGAAGCGAACCAAACAACUUGCUUCCAAGGACUGCAGUUUUGGACGUCGCCUGCGGUACCCACUGGAUGACACACCGGACUCUGUCCUCUGGCACUAUCGCAUUCAAUUGAACGUGUAUGCUUGGAUUCUGCGACAGUAUUACAAUGUGCAGGCCACGGACCUUCGGCUUGUCUGCCUUCACCCGGACAACGUGUUUACACCACUGGUCAUUUCAGUUCCACUCUUGUCGGAGCAAGUUGACAGGUUGAUGUCGUGGAGACGGCAGGAGCUGCAGUCCUGUACGCGACUGACCGACGCAGAACAGACAGACCUUCGUGGUGGCAGUCAGGGUUCCAGUUCUCCGGGUUUUUCACAGCGAGUAGAAGACGAAUUGGUGGAGAUCAUGCGUCAGCGCGAGGAGGAGGAAACUUUUGUUGAGCCUCCAGCACCCAAGAGGCCGAGAGCUGACGAGAACCCAGGCGUGGUGCAGCGUGCCGCAGCUUCCGUGGACAGUGUCUUGAACCAGUUCAUGGACACAGACAUUGAUCCAGCCAUAGUUCCGCAGGAAGUGCAGUCCUCCAUAGAAGAUGGCGACAUUCUGCAGCAAGUCCAGCGGAUUCGGAACCUAGUGCGGAAUUUUCCAGGCCAGGCGCACUGGUCAGCGGCCUUCUGCCACGUGGUUGAAGGGGCCUUGGCUGUGCACCGUCUCCGCUUGCUGGAUGUAAGUCGAAGGGAAGAAGUACUCUUCCUGGAACUUAUUGAAGGCUGCGGACGACACAUUCGUGCGCACGAAGGGCAAUGCUUUUUUUACUCUACCCAUGGUUACUGGGCGGUCUUCACAGGUGUGAUCCCCCAAGGCACUCUGGCCCACUGCAAGAGCUAUCUGAUUCACUUGGAAGGGCUCUAUGCGAAGUUCGGGCCACAGGUUCGCCGGGAUGAGGAAGGGAUCCUCGCAGCUGCACAGGCGUUGGUGGACCAAUAUCACGGGUCCUGCGAGGCACUGCUGAGUGAGUGCUCCCAGGCAGCCAUCUGUCGCGCGCCGACCAAGGGCCGACAAGCAGGAAGAGAGGAGGACGAGGAUGCGGAGGUGCGAAGCGGGAGUUUCACGUCCUGGACCAUGGCUAUGGCAAACACAAUUGGCAAACUGUACGUGAAGCAGACAUCACUGCUGAACGACAGCGUCAUAAAGUACUAUGUCGCUUGGUGUUCGCAGAACGUGAUGCGGCAAGGAGGCUUCUGCACCAUCGACGGCUGCUUUGUCUUCGAAGACUCAGGCAGUCUUGUCACCGUGCCCAAGAAACCUGAUGCCAACGUUUACGUCUUUCUUCCACACCGAAUGCUGGAUCCUGUCCCCGACCACGUCAGGGAGCGAGUUAAAACCUUUUGGGACACUACUUACUGGAACAACGGGCCAGCUUUCGACGUGUGCAUGGCAUCCCUGACACUUGCUCUCCGGGGGGAGAACGUGGAUAGAGCCUUCUGGGGCCUCGGUUCUGGGGGCGUGGGACAAAGUCUUCAGACGGCUCACCUCGAAGCCAUCCUCGGAAGCAACCACUCGUGUCUGGACAUGAACAUUUAUUUUGUGGACGAGGAGAUGCGCAAGCAAGCUGCUCAUUUGGUCGGCAAGAUCGUCGUCACAGGGCAAGAGAGCGUCCAGGGCUCUCGACGUCCGAUGCGCGAAGAUAUCUACAAGAAACACAUUUCUGCGGACAAGGUCCCUGAGCGACUGCCGUAUGCAAUUGAGACGGCACUGGUGGAGCUGCGUGGGUGGAAACGAUUUGAGCUCAACACCUACCCGAAGUUCACGGGCGUCAAUGAAGACAAUCUCGCCUCCAUACUUCGACGCACUGCGGUCUGCCGGUACAAGGCCUUUUUCGUGGAUCCAGUGCGCAUUGCCGGCAAGGAGGAGCAAGCUGCGGCUCGCGGCGUAUUCCCGAGGGAUCCCACUCUGAAAGAUUUCUUACGGGACCAGCCAGCUUGCUUAGUCACAUUAAGGUGCGUCUGGAAUUAUGCUCGGCGUCGGUCUGCGUCCGAAACCCGACAAGUUCUGGAAGACUACGUCGUGCACGGCGGAGAUGGCGGUCUGACACGAGUGGCCGUGCGCACCAGUUGCAAUCUUCCUGUUGAAGCCGAGGAGUCUGCGGAUGUCUUGGAGAAAACUCUUGCCGAAUUGGAUGUCGCCCCGAACCCAGCAGAACCAGAAGCUCCAGAGGCAGAGCUGGCCAAGGAGGCACAGAGACGGGAACACGAGAAAUUCGUGGAGGACAUCAAGCUGUGGCUUCUGAAGGAAGGCAAGGAUUGGUUUACUGUAUCACAGCUGAAGGCGUCCAAGGCAUCACUCACUUUCAGUCGGGGCGACGCAGCCAAUGUGACUGAGACCUUGGUGAAGGAGGGCUUUCUUUUUUCGUACAGUCGUGAUCUACCAAAAGCAGGGAAAAGCACAAUUUAUCUUCCUCGCAUUGGGACUGGGAAGCCCUUGGCCGAUGUCAUUGCUUUCCGGCCUGACGAAGCCUUGACCUGCAUGGAGGAGUACAGUUGGCCAGCAAUGCAACGUCACAUGAGUCCAGCUUCGUCACGGACACUGAACCUGCAAACCUUGGCAGACGCGUACAAGCGGAAAGAAAAGUCCACUCGCAAGAGAGGAGCUCCGAGAAGGAACGCCACCGACGCGGAGAGCACUGGCAAACUAGGGGAGGACAUGGCUUCUGUGGUAGAGCGUGAAGCCGGGUUCUUUCAGGAAAUCCAGAACCUUGCCGAGAGUGGCGAGCUAACAGCCGAGGGCAUUGUCCCCGUGCAGCGGCAGUAUUUCUACCCGUACGACGGAAGAUGCCGCCGGUUUGUGCGUGAAAGAGGAGCUCAAAAUCUGUCCCGUCUCGCACGAUCAAUCUGCUGUCCGGAGACGCGCGAUUUUGAUGUCCACGCAUCCUUGUUCACCAUUGUCGUCCAGCUGGCAGAUGCUGUCGAGGUGCCGAAUUUGGAUAUCGGAGCCUGGAGAGCUGUCGCCUCUGAUCGCAGCAAGGUUUGCAGGGAGGAGUUGCAUUGCCCCGAACACGAAGGGAAGCAAAUCCUACUGCAGGUAGCCAAUGGUGCUGCUAUCAAGACCUUCAAAGAGGUUCGUCAAUCCGGCAAGACCUUUCUACAGAAGCUGGCCGACGAAAGUCGGCUCCUUCGGUGGUUAGCAUGCUCGCAAUUGCCGGAUGUCUACCAGUUCCAGCAAAGUCAGAAAAAGGCGACGUGGCCUGAGGCUUCGACCUUUUCUCUCUGGUGGACUGCAGCGGAAGACUACAUCCUUGAAGACAUUCUGCAAAGUGUUCGGCAGUGCAACGGACAAGGACAUGUCUCCUGUCACUUCGAUGGAGUCCUUCUGUCCAAGUCUCUCGUGGAUGCCAUCGAGAGUCACGCUGGCCGCGGUGUCAUGGAGUACUUCCAAGAUCAUGUUCAAGCAAACACCGGCCUGCAGAUUCGUUUGAAGGAGAAAACUUUGCCUUCCUUUGACGCUGCACUGGCGACGGUCUUCGAGCCGAGUACGGAGGAGUCCUUCCUGGGUACGCAUGCGGUGCUUCUCAUGGCAGUGCCGAACUCCAUUCCUGCUGGUCUAGUUUUCCUGGGAGCAAGUCUUGCACAUGUCGUCGGAAUCCUGACGGCCGAGUCGCCGGCAAAUACUUCCGCAGAAAGAUGCCAGGUCCGACCGUACUCAGACUGGCACGGAGUUGAUUCUAACUACUUUGUACCAGUCGGACAGGUUGGACAUGAACAGAAGGACAACUGUCUGAUUCAUCUCGAACUUCCUGCAGGGUCCUCCUGCGUGGCUGUCAAAUUUUCGCAAAACAGGAAGAUUCAGGUCUUUCGGCAAGGUCGUGUCUUCAGCGCCACAUGGCCGGCCUUUGUCAAUUUCCUGGGCGACUUCGUGGGCGUCAAAGAGACCAUGGUCUUCAAGAUGGCUCAGACUGACCCGGAGCUGUCGGACGCGGACAAGCCUUUCCUGGAUCUUCUUGGCGGUCCACAAAACGAGGGAGAAGUAGAUGUCGGCCAGGAUCUGAUGAAUCUUUUGGAGGAGGAAGUCCAAACGGCUCUGAGCGACGUGUCUUCGAAGUCCAACUCGACCUUUGCCUCCACGGUCUGCCCCUGCUGCCCUUGGCGGCGUUUCCACAAGCGGGCACAUCUUCGUCAACAUCUGCAUUUUCAACACACGAAGCAGAAGCGUUACUGUCCGUCCGGCACCAAGCAGCUCCGAGUUGCUGUCGCCCUGUACGACCAUGCGGCGCUGACAGGAAGCCGUAUGAAGGCAACCUUUCUGGAACGCUCUGCAGCCAUUCUCAGGGCGGAUGUGAAGCCGCCAGUACCCGCAAACAAGGUCCACAUCGACAAGCACAUUCGGUACGUUCUGGAUGCCAACGGACCCGCGGUCAUGUCUCUGCAGUGCAUCAAGCAGAAAAAGGAUCUCAGACGUGUAGGCAACUUCUACUACACCUAUGACUUCGCUUGUGCAUUCCUGCAGGCUGCAGCCGCUGGAAAUGGCUCCCUUAUGCGCAUAUACUCCAGUCUGGUUGGUGCUUGCACCCGUCACGGAGGUCAACUGUCUUCUCUGCUGCCUCGCGCAACCAAUGGAUUCUGGGCAAAUGUGCUUGAAGACCUUGUGCAGUCGCCCCCUUUCUAUGAGUACCAGGCGUCCCUUUUGAAUCAGUGUGCAGAGCAUGAGGAGUUCCGCUACCUCAGCGUAGACGCCACGUUCAAGAUCAACCUCAAAAUCAUUGGCCAGGCCAAUUUUCAUUCUUCUCAGUCGGCACGGGAAAACGCGGCCAUUCCUGAAUCCAGCGCGGCUUAUCGAACCCUGACCUGCCGGGGACGAACCGGUGCUGCAGUGCUCCUCGAGGUCGUGCGCUCGGAGAAAGCCAGUGUUGUGGCGGAAACUUUCGCCAACUCACUGCCGCAAGCGCACCGGGAGCAGGUCCUCCACGUGGCGUCGGACGCGCCCUCCGCCGAGAUGGUACGGGUAUUGAAGGAGACUUUGCCCAAUCUUCGCAGUGUGGCUCUCGAUGCCAUGCAUAUCGUGAUGAUAUACCAGCAAAACAUGAACAACAAGAAGACGGAGGGCAGUCGCUGGCUGGCAGUGUUGAUGGACAAAUUCCGCAAAAGGGAUACUGUCCGAUCAGCAGCAUCAUGGGGACCGUUCUACUGCGGAGAGCCCUUGCCUAGCUCGAGCGCGGAUGUGAAGGCAAUGAGGCAGCGACUGGAGUGGCCUGACAUGUCUUCCGCGCAGGCUUACCAAGUCCUGGAAGUCAUCGACGCAGACCAGCCUUGGCUAACAGAGAUUGAGUUCCUCGAGGCGAUUCUCGCACAUCUCUCCAUUUUCUGGGAGGAGGUCCAGAAGGUCUCCUACUCAGGUGUCACGCUGCAUCGGCUGAUCCUCAACGUGGCCUCCCAGUCGAAGGUGCAAUGGCUCCUGAACGACACCCGGUACCGCCACUCCGUGGAGCGUCAAUCUCUGGUUUUGCUUCCUAGUGGCACAACGUCAAACGAGAGCCUUCACCACGAGCUCAACCACUGGUUCCGGUUAGACAUUCUUUACCUAUUUACAGCCUUCUCAUGGCACCACGAGGCUGCCAUGCACAAGGGGACGCUGAUCAUGAAGCUACGUUUGUUUCAGUUUGUCAAAGUCUUUGCACAUAACCAAGCUCUUUACAGACCACUGCAGAGACAGGCCAGUCAGGCGGAGGUGACCAGACGAGCCUUAAAGGCUAACAUCAAGGUCAUUCUUCCAAGACCUGCGUGGCGAACCUGGUGUCAGACUCUGGUCAUUCCCGGAUCUGCGCCAGCCAGAGCAGACCUGCAGGCUCGCAAGGAAGCACGAGCGGUUCGCGAGUCCAUGCGAGAAGUGGAGACGAAAUCUCCUUCCCGGCCUGCUCCGCGUCGAAGGAAAAGCGGAGCUCCAGCGCUGCCGAAGAGCACGCCGAGCAAUACAUUGUGCCGUUUGUCACCAGACAUGCUCUGGCUGAUCUCGGGCGUUGUGCAGUUUGCUGUCUUCCACGAAGGUCCUCAAGGCAAGGCCCAGGUACUGCAAGGAGCCUCGUAG